UCCUGCUCUACUUGUGACUAGCGGGACUAGCCACUUUACCCUUACCCUAGAAUUCUUUUGAUUCUCUCCGCUGCGGAGAAUAGAGAAGAAGAAGAUGCUUUUGUAUACUGUCUAAUUUUGAGAGGUGUCAGGAAAUGAACCAAAUCGUGAAUAUGGAGCAACCGAAACAGGGGAACUAUGCUUUGAUACGAGAUCCGGCUUUCGCUCGAAAUCGAAUUUUUGUAGGUAAUUUACCGGAAAAUACGACGCGUGACGAAAUUGAGAGUAUCUUUGGGCGGUAUGGUACGAUUUUGAGUAUUCUGGUUCAAAAGAAUUUUGGUUUUGUUCAGUAUGAAUCAGAAGCGGUAGCGAAUAAAGCGGCUUCCGUAACGAGUGGCUCCUUAUUCAAAGGCAACAAAAUUACGGUGCGGAAUGCAGGUGUGGGCAAGCCUAAAGCUAAAAAUCAAGCAGAAAACCACAACGCUGAGUCUCAUCCGCAAGUGUCCCUACAAGCGAUGCUCCAGCAAUACCAUUCAUCGGUGGCAGCGGACUACAAUGACUGCGAGAUAAUUGUAGUGAACAAAGCGAACACAGAAUACGCUGAGUAUAUUGAACAGCGGCUAAAGCGGAUAGGGUUGAAAGUUGAUCUCCUUUUUCCGAAUGAAGAUGUUCCUAUAGGUAAGGUAUUGGCGAAUAUAUCGGGACGAGGUUGCUUAUACGCCAUUCUUGUCACUCUGCAAAAUGAGGAGCACCGAAGCAUCACAGUGAAUAUUCUUUAUGGCGAACCGGCAGAACAUCGCAACAUGCCAGUGGAGGAUGCUAUUAAUUUGAUCUAUUCUAAUUUUCAAGAAAAGCUGAAUGCAAUCCAUAUGAAGCGGAUGCAAGAAAGUUUACCUAUAUCUCUUCCGUCUGUGAGUAAUAGUACUUCCACUUCAGCUCACCGGCACCCAGAAGCGAUUCAGGCCUUACUGAACUUGCUCGCUGAGAAUCGACCAAUUACUGUCUUGCAAUACGAUAGGGUUAUCAAGUAUUUGAUGGAGCAAAGGCAGAAGCAAGUGAAGGCUGAAAUCGGAGAAGAUGUCAGUGCUCCUGUUCCGCCAUUGCUGAAUCCAAAGCCUGCAGUUGUGAAGCCUGACCCGGAGAUCGAAUUGCAGAAGAAAAUAUUGAACAUUCUCAAUAAACCGUCGAUAACAGAUAGUAAGAAUGAUUUGGUAUAUCCCACGAUUCAUUCAAUUCAAAGUGAUCCAGAAACAAUUGAAUUACUUAAAGAUGUCAGAGUACAGAAGGCGCUUGAUUCUCUGAUGAAAAUAUCACCCCUAGUUGCGACGAUUGAAGCUCAUUAUAAGUUUUAGAAAUUAAUAUUGCUGUUAUGAAGUAUUUGCGAGAUUAAGUAAAGGUUAGCCUACAUAGACUGUGCACGUAAUUUCUUUCGGUUUUUGGAUCUUUUUCUAUUAGUUGUUAUCAACAUUAUUAUAAUUUUUGCCCAACUUUAAAGAAGUGACUUUCAGGGCCUCUAUUUUGAUAUAGAGUGUAAAGUAACAAAUUCUCUGAGAUUUUUUUUGACCUAGCUAACGGCGAAAUCACAAGCAAGUCGGAAUACCGGAAGCUUUACGCUUAGAGUAUAAAGGUUUUGCGUUCAUCUUAUGUGAGGAACUUUCUAUGCACGUUUUCCUAUCUGUACAUAGCUGAAAGUUAAAAACAGUCCCUCAUACAUUUCUAAACUGCAAAUAUAUACAUGUAGGCAUUAAAUUCAUAAAUAUAGACCAUCCACUGGUGCUAUACAUAUGUAUGUUAAUAUCUAACAUAAACAUAAAAUAACAUUCCCAUGCUUCCUACAGUUCGGAUGCGCCCACUUUAUAUGAGGAUGACGUCAUACAUGUCAUAGAGUGAAUUGAUUCAUAUAAAAUACAAAAUCUUCACACCCAAUAACGUUUUUAAUAGUAGUUAAAUUUAUUUAAAAUUCCCAUUUGGUUUUGUUCCGCACAAAAUCUUACUAAAAAAUUUAAAAAGCGAAAAAAGGGCAAACAUUUCUUAUCUCGGAAUCCAUGUCCGUUUAACCAUUGUGAUCUCAUGAAAUCAUUCACCAUUCACUAUCCAUCAAAAUAAUCCUUAAUGGUUUGAGUAUUUGAUAAGCGUAGGUGGUGUGGACAUAUAAUUGGUAAUUACCGUUUUCUUAUCCUCAUUUAGGCGUUGUCCGGUUCAGAAAUCGGAUUAGUUCCUAAUGUAAUACAUUUAGUAAAUGAAUUUCAGAUGAUAGCGUUUGAAAGAAAUUUUUCAAUAUUUUAUAGGUAGGAAGACACGUUCGGCUUAUAUACGUAUAGGACCUUUGUAUAUUGUAUUUCAGACUAUUGGCUUCAAUGUGGUGCUGAUAUUUCUUGAUUAGAUUAGAUUAGAGUGUAGUAAAUUCAAAGGAAGAAAAUAAAUUUGACGCUUUGUUAAU